AUGGAUACUAAAAAAGUAAUUACAAUUCUCAAUGAGCCAGCCACACCACAUCAAAAGCACCUCGAAAAGAUAAUGGACAGUCGUCUUUCGAGCCAUGAGCGCACUAAGGAAGAAUUACGAGAUAUUUUUGUACGGGAAGAAUUGCGCAUCCACCAAUCAAAGGCUACUCAGGUAAGAAACUCAAAUCCAAUAGUUAACAACUGCUCGUCUUCCUCCUUAUAUAUCUACCUUGAAAAAUCAUGGACUGUCAAGGAUCUCCGUGCUCAGGCUAUCAAAGGCCUUGCGCUUAUCGAUAUUCGUAAUAUUUGGGAGGUGUGUGAUCUCAAGCCGCAUCUAGAGAAUCUCCUAUUUACUUGUCGUAACUUCCUCGUUACAAGACAGGAGAUACCAACUCUCAUCUAUGGUACCGAUAGAGAUAAUAUCUAUCAUGGUCUAAUCAAAAUAACGAUUCACAUUGGUGCGUAA